CUGAACGAAAGAAAACAAACAUGCAAAUGUGUCAAACGAAUGUCUGAAAUGAAUGUCCAUUUGUCCAAGUUGGGUUGGCUAAAUACACAUUCAUUUAAUCGGAAUAUCCUAAAACAAUGAGUGCCCCGAGUCGUAAAGGGCCCGUAUUUGACCCAGGCCUCUGUCGCUGCUGCGGCUCUAUCAAGAAAUGUCGUCUGUUGAACGUUGAGUACGAAUUUCAGGGUCAAAAGGAAAUGUAUGCUGAUAUGUUUAUAGAUUGUUUCGGAUUGAUGCUGUCCCAUUUAGAUGGGACGGUGGAGACAGAGCGCCUCAUAUGUGCGACGUGUGUUGGGCGGCUGCGGGACGCUUGCGCCUUCCGCGAGCAGGUGCUGCUGUGUGAAGACCGGCUGCUACAUGCCUCCAUACACAUUCACCAACCCAGCGAUACCAAGAUCGAAAUCGAGCUGAAGCCACGAGAGGUGAAGGUAGAAAUGGAGCCAGCGGAAGAUCCUCCAGAUCCCAGCAUCAAGGAGUCGGAGCCAGUUGAUGAGUUGGAUGCAGAUGUUGGUGAUGAUCACUUAUCGGACAUAGACAUCAAGGAAGAAGUCGUGAAGCCCCGUAAGGAAAAGAGAAAGAAAAAGAGCGAGCGAGAGGCACAGAAGCGGUUCCGCUCUCUCGGCAACAAGCUACGGAGCCUGUUGGAGCAGGACGGACCGUGUACUUACGAACCACCCCAACCAGAGAAACCCCGCCUAAAAUGCAUGGAUCAAGAAGACAAACAGUUUUACAACACAACCACCAUAAUUGAAAACUCCUUCGUGUGCCCCUUCGAGACCUCCUUCAGCGACUACCACUGCGUUUACUGCAGAGAGGUCUUUACGGACCCUAAGGAACUCAGGGAACAUACUUUAAAUCAUGACCCUAAUACAUAUAAAGACCUAGUUAGAAUAAAUAAAAAAAUGCCUCAAAUAGACGUUUUGAGAGUAGACUGCAGAUUAUGCGAAGAGAAAAUUGACGAUUUAGAUCAUUUUAAAACUCAUAUAACAAGUGUACACGGGAAAUACUUAUUUAAAAUACAAAAUGAGGUUUUACAAUUUAAAUUAACUGUAAGUCAUUUAGCUUGUAUAGUUUGUAAUGAAACUUUUGGAUAUUUUCACGCACUUCGAAAUCAUAUGGCGCUACAUUAUGGGAGUUGCAGUUGUGAUAUAUGUGGAGCGCAUUUCUUUGAAGAAAGAAGAUUAACGGAACAUCUGAAGUCACAUAAUAAAAGGCCAGGAAUAAAAUACUCGUGUAAAGAGUGCGGGAAGGAAUUUAAAUCUAAAAAUGGGAGAUACUUGCAUAUAGCGACUAUGCAUAAAAAGGAACCUACUUAUCAAUGUGGGAAGUGCGAAGCUGUGUUCUUCACUUAUGCCUUAAGAUGUCGACAUAGAAUAGAGGUUCAUGGGGAAAAGAGGGAAUUUGCUUGUGAUCACUGCGAUAGGUCUUAUGAUAAUAGAAAAUCUUGGCGAGAACAUAACCGGAGAGCUCAUCUUAAGAUUUCUAAGCAUAAAUGUGAUAUUUGUGAUCGGAUGUUUUAUCUCCCUUGUCAGUUAAAGGAACAUAUGACAACACAUACGGGGGAGAGGAAUUUUAGGUGCGAGUAUUGUGGGAAAUCGUACCCUAGGCUCAGGGCGUUAAGGUUGCAUAUGAAAAGUCACAGUGAUAAUAAGUAUAGAUGUGGGAUCUGUGAUGCAACAUUUACACAGAACGUCAGUUUGAGGAACCAUGUGAAAAAGCAGCAUCAGGGCUUGGAUAUGGAGAAUUUGAGGAAUUAAUCAGACUGCCAAAGACGUGAAAAGACGCGCACGGCUCCUGCCCAAUAUCAACCUUCGUGCAUUGUGACAAGGUUAACGAUGACGCGCCGCGCACGAUAGGCGUGCUGUUUAAGGGUUAAUAACAGUGUAAACAUCUGUCGAUUACUUUUCGAAUCGAUUGAGUAAUCGCGAUUGAUAUGUUAAAAAUCGUCAAUAGCCGGGUCCACACAGAGCGAGCGAGCGAGCACGUACAUGCCUCGCGCGUAUGCUCGCUCUGUGUGGACCCGGCUAAUCACAAUUUAAUUUAAGGACAUAUUUUUGUAUAUACAAUGUUAAUUUUAUUCGUUAAAGUAUCUUGAGGUACAGAUUCACCGAAAAUGCUACCAACACCUAAUUUUUAAAUAGGCCUAAUAAUUUCCUCGCGCGGCAAACUGCCAGUGUAGACGAGACGCGCCUCGGCGUGGGCGGCGCGCGUUUGCCUCGGCGCCGCGCGGGGCCGCGGGCGCCGCGCGGGAGCGGUGCUUCGGCUCGAAGGCGCCUCAGUCAUUUGCUGCGCGCAGGUCGGCACGUGUUUGUUUGGUGCAAGUGGUUAUUUUGAUGCUACUCAUAGUGUUGUGUUCCUGCCGGUGAGUAAGGUUGCCAGAGCUCAACGAGGGGGGUGGGGUUAGGGUCGGCAACGCGCAUGUAACUCCUCUGGAGUUGCAGGUGUACAUAGGCUACGGAGACUGCUUACCAUCAGGCAGGCCGUAUGCUUGUUUGCCACCGACGAAGUAUAAAAAAAAAAAAAUGGA